AUGAACUCAUACUUGGAUACGCCAAUCGUAAACUUUGGAGGCAUCAUGCCUGCUUUGACGCCUUCAAUACCACCUUCCAAUCUCGAGAGCGCAAAGUCUGGUAUGGACAUCUCGAGAUCGCUGUGCCCGAUUCCUGCGCCCGAGCAGAGUGCAGCCACAUCUGUAAGCCCUAGUGGUCCUCACAUGCCUACAACGUACAAUGGUAGCUCAGUGAAAGCGCCAUCGCCACUCAUCAAUGAGAGGCUGGCGACGCAACUGAGAUCUGCAAGGGUGAAGUACUAUUCACGCACUCAUGUAUUUUCCAAGACGCGACAGAUGAUGAGUGGGAAGACAGAAAAGAUGUUUGUUAUCGCCUCUCGUGGGUUCGAGCGCGCUGAACAUGUCCCAACGAAGUGGACAACACCUCCACUGCUCAAGCGACGCCACAGCAUCGAUGUCACGACCAAAGAUUGGGGACAACGGUCCCGCACCGGAUGGUUUGUGGACUUUACUUCUCCACCUGCCGCCGAGCCUCUCACGGCAGAGUGCAAAGAGCUUGAACCACCUCUUCAGCCUGAGCCUAUUCUUCCCCUGCCAGAUAUCCGCCGCUACUACAGCUUCACCAUGCCUUGGGCCACGCGACCGCCAGCGAACGAUGAGAUUUAUCUUGAGUUGGGAAACGCCACGAUCAGGAACGACGCUUUCCUCUUCAUCAAGGCCACCGAUCUCAUGCGCGACGGCAAGGAAGUCUGGAUGCGCGGCGAAAGUCUCGACAUGGCUCUUGAGGUCCUGCGCGCAGAAAAGCAACUCGAAGACUUCUCCAUCGACGUUGCCAACUGCAACACAGCACAGGUCUUCUACUUCGCCUCGCAGUGCAAAGACGCUCACGAGAAGACAUACGAUGAAUAUCGAGCGCGCUUCCAGAACAAAAAGUGGAUAUUUAUCAUCUGCAAUGACGGACUCGGUGGUACCUCUAACGAAGGAACCAGUGGCACUCAUUGGUCUCUCCUGGUCAUGGACCGCGUGCAUAAAGUAGUAUACUACUACGACUCGCUAUACAUGCACUUCGAAGGAAACCGCACCCUUGCGGCAGACGUCGCCCUCGGGCUGCUAAACAUCCUAGGCGAGACCGUGUCGUCCUGGGAAUGGAAUCCUGACUUCAAGAGUCCCAACCAGUACCAGUACAACCAGUUCUCUGACGACGGCGGUCCCUGCGGCCCCUUUGUCUGGAAAAUGACCGACAUGUUGACAGAUGAGAUCCAGAAACACAUCAAAGCGGGUACAGAGCAGGAGUGCGAUCUCAAAAUCGACGACGCGUUCUUACAUCGCUUUGCACAGGACUUCCACUCGUUCAAUGUGCGCCUGAACAUCCAGUGUGGUAUCGCACGGUGGAAGUGCUUCGAGGACUCGCUGCGUUUUACGCGAGAUCACGACCAGGCGGCGGUUCGGGGCGAGCAGGUCGAGCUGCUCGAGGAGCCGAAUAUCUUUGCUCUCUUCACUGUUCCCUGGGCACAAGAUGAACAGGAUAGGGAGCAGGAACCAGAGCCCGUGUUCAUCCGGGCCGACUCCGAUGAUGGUACCAUCAUCAUCUAUGAAAGUGAUGCGCCUGACGAUAUGCUUCUCGAUUGUGUGUCUGAAUAUGACGAAGUUUGA